CAGAAAAAGAACCAUUCGAACAGUUCUUGACUAAACUCAAAAUCGAAGUUAAAGAUUGUGGAUACAAAGACCGAGAUGAAAUGGUUCGAGAUCGAGUAGUAAUCGGUUGUUAUUCGCAAAAAGGACGAGAGAAAUUAAUACAAGAAGGAUCUGAACUAGUCUUGGAAAAGGCAGUCGAUAUCGCUCGAACACAAGAAAUGUCAAACACCCAGCUUCAAAGUAUGGCACCUGAAGAUAAAAAUUACUAA